AUGUUUGUGCUUAAGAUAACUCUGGGUCUGCUGGCCCUGCUUCUGGUUUCCUGUGUUCGAGCUGAAGAAGAGCCUGCAGCUAAAAACACUGCUGAAUUAUCUGUUGGAGAGCUGUUGGAGAGAGCUAACAGAGACAUUGUUCGUGAUGUUGAUGAGCCAAUCGUUAUAGAAGAUAUUGCCGUGGACGAUGAAAAAGAUGAGAGGAAUGCUGAUCCCUGCACCUCAAGUAGUUGCAUGUGGCCAAAAUCCACUGAUGGCAGAGUAUAUGUGCCUUAUGUCAUUGCCAACCACUUCACUUCCUAUGAGCUGCAGAUCAUCCAGCGAGGCCUUGAUUCCUUUUCCUCUUCAACAUGCAUCCGCUUUAUUCAACGCUCCAAUCAGAGAGAUUAUCUCAGCAUUGAGUCUCGCAGUGGAUGCUAUUCCUAUGUUGGACGUCGUGGAUAUGCCCAAACUGUGUCUCUAGAUCGAAAUGGUUGCGUUUAUCAUCAGACAGUUCAGCAUGAGCUUCUUCAUGCACUGGGCUUCAACCAUGAACAGUGCCGUAGUGACCGUGACAAUCACAUCCGUGUUGCGUGGGAAAACAUCAUUGAUAGCUAUAAGUAUGCCUUCGACAAGAUCGCCACUCUCAACCAGGGAACGCCUUAUGACUACAACUCGGUCAUGCAGUACCACAGAACUGCAUUCUCUAAGAAUGGCCAACCCACCAUGAUCCCCAUCCCCAACAGCAACGUAGCCUUUGGCCAAGCUACUCAGAUGAGCCAAAAUGACAUUAUCCGAGUCAAUAAUCUUUACAGAUGCUAAAAAGUCAUCUUUAGAGAGAAAGAAGACAAUAGUGGAAUCUGUCCCUAUGGCACUAUACAGAUCUUUUCCAGACACUGUUUUACUCUUUUGUCUCUGUAAUGAAGAGAAUACAACUACAUAAGGAAAUAAAAAAUAAAGUUUUGUCUGAAACAA